CCUCAUGCUUUUGAAAGGUUUAGCAAGAACAACAAAUCAAACAACAUAUCUCAGAUGCUGUCUCUCACUCUAACGGCAGACUUGUCGGGUGUGACUGAGUUGAGGCCAGACGAUACUGCGGACAACCCAUUCUGGUAUACCUUCAAGGUGCAAUGCACUUCCUGCCGUGAAAACCACUCAAACAACGUCUCCGUGAGCCGUUUUGAGCAAAAUGAGAUGAGCGGUAGUCGAGGAGAGGCAAACUUCGUUUGGAAGUGCCAGUUUUGCAAGAGAGAGUCAUCUGCGACGAUCAAAGCAGCUCCUAUUGCAUAUCAACAAGCGUCUCCUCCGACUCGGCAGAAGAUUCUUGAAAUUGAUUGUCGAGGACUAGAAUUCACCGAGUUCCAUCCAGAAGGAGAAUGGCUUGCAACUGGGCUAGAAUCUGGUACCAAGUUCACAGCUAUUGACCUUAGCGAAGGAGACUGGUUUGACUACGAUGAGAAAGCAGGAGAUGAAUUCAUGCCCAUCAACCCGCGGCCGAUGCUGCAAAACCUGGUCAACGAGGAAGUUGUCAUCCGACUGAAAUGGGGCCAAACCGAGUACAAGGGCCGUCUCGUGAGCAUCGACAGCUACAUGAACAUCCAGCUUUCUGGCGCAGAGGAAUGGAUUGACCAAGAGAUGACGAGUGUUCUGGGACAAGUUCUGAUACGGUGCAAUAAUGUAUUAUGGAUCCAAGGCGCAAAUCAAAACAACGGGAAUGGAGAUACGAAGAUGGAUGGUUGAGGUUAAGAAAGGAGUCAUAGGGACAAGACAUUCGUGGGAGGCUGGCUGUGUUAUCUGCAAGAUUGGCAAUACGCUGGGAGACAAAUACGCAUCGUUGGUCUCCAACCAAAAAGUUCACUGGUACAUCGAGGGCAAGGCGUUCACGUUUUCGAAUUGUCAAGGCAUCACGGCGGAAUGGAUUUUGAUACCAAGAGACAGUAUCUAGCUUCCCUGUUUAUGGCAAGCAGUGAAAAUGCAAAGAUGAAGACCAACGCUUGGGAAUCCGUCUUAAGUGAAGAUAUCUACAUCAGACAGCCAACUUUGCGGCUAGUACCCAUUUCACUCCAUCCGAGUCUCAUCCGCUUGUCGGGACCAACCAUU